ACGCAUACAGCAUGCGUUAUAGUCAAAUACACACGCAUCACAGCAGCAAAACACCACCUACUCAACAGAAAAAUCAUGGCCUCUGCAGCGCUCUUCUUCGUCUUCCUCGCCCUGGCCACCAUGCAGUCGCAGACCGCCUCGUCCGAGAAGGAGACGCACCUCAAGGUGUACUGGCACGAUGUGGUGAGCGGACCGGACCCGACGUCGGUGCCUGUGGCGCAGGCGGCGACGACCAACACCUCCAAGACAGCCUUCGGCAUGGUGAUGGUCAUUGACGACCCGCUCUCCGAGGGCCCCGGCCUCAACUCGUCCAGGCUCAUGGGCCGCGCCCAAGGCACCUACAUCGCCGCCGGCAAUGACCAGCUCGCGCUGCUCAUGAACAUGAACUUCGUCUUCACCGCUGGCAAGUACAACGGCAGCAGCGUCGCCAUUAUGGGUCGCAACGCCGUGUUCACCAAGGUACGUGAGAUGGCUAUCAUCGGCGGUACAGGCGUUUUCAGGUGGGCCCGCGGGUACGCGCAGGCCAGGACGCACACCUUGGACCUCAUGACCGGCGACGCCACCGUCGAGUACAACAUAUUCAUCAGGCACUAGUCUCGGCCGUUGUCAAAGUUUACCCAGAGAUAAAUACCAUGAAUAAGAAUCGUAUGCUCAAGCGAUAAUAUGUGUUGCUUUUGGAAAACCUUUUUUUGAUGUCAAUGACAACUGAUACUGUUGCUGCUUAUCUGUUACAAGUCGUUUAUCCGCGUGGACUCUCUUUGCCGUUUUAUUUUCUUCUUUGUAAUAAAAUGUUGUCCUGUGCAUACUUGAUAAAUGAUAACUCUACUUGGUCUUAAUAUCGUAUCAUUGUAGAGGCCCGUGUUAGAAUGUAUUGUAUGUAUGUACGGUGUAAGUAUAAAUCGUAUAUACACUAGUAGGAUUAGCAUUGUGUUUCUGUUGUAAUCCUCUCGGUAGUUAGAUGGUUAGAUCGAUCCUUAUCUCGUAUAUAGCUUUUUCAUGACGAUCAAUCCAUAACCCCAACUACCGAAUCCUUGUAACCCAACUCAUCUCUAUAUAAACACGCAAUGCAUGCGUCUCUGCUGGUGUGCUAGCUCCACGGCCAGAGAGGAAGGAGAUGGCACGCAAGGUUGCUGACAAGGAGAGCAAGCCCACUGACGUUCCAAACCCGUCGUAUGAGAUCGCCAAGGUCCAGGAUUCCCAGUUUCUGAGUAUUCUUUUCAAUUUCAUCUCACCUCCUACGAUGGUUUAGAUCACCCACUGCACCUCGGUAUGGAGCAAAAUGGACUACAUACUGAGAAAAAUGAGUGAACCUACGUUCUAAAAUAUGUCUAUAUACAUCUGUAUGUAGUCCAUAUUGAAAUCUCUAAAAAGACUUAUAUUUAUGUACGGAGGAAAGUACCCUUAAAGAAGAAAUACAAUGAAAUAAACACUAAAAACAUCAAAAGGAAAUGAAGUUCUAUAAAGAAGAAUGAAUUCGUGGCAUUAGUAUUACCCAUUAAGAAAAAGAAAAUAUAAAACAAACAAUGUCCAAAUUUACACACAAUUUACAUGGAAAUUAUGAUUUUUUAUAAUAUGCCAGAACAAGCAUAUAAAAUUGGAAUUUUCAAAAAAAGGAAGUUUCCUAAGAAGGAAUGUAUUAAUGGCAAUGUUAUUACUAUUAAGAAAAUAAAAUAAAAUGACACAAACGCUAAAAAAACUAAAAUAUUGAAGUUUUUCUAAGAAUGAAUUAGUGGCUUUGGCAUUACAUUUUAAGAAGAAAGGAACUGAAUAGAAACUAAAAAAUCAUAAUAAUGAAGUUUUCUAAGAAAGAAAGAAAA